UCAAUGGUUUACUUUGGACCGGGAACAACACUGAUUGGACAGAAAGUCUUCAGUAUUUAUUUAUUUUUUGCCUUCUUCUCCUUCCUGGAGCUGAAAAGCAGAAGAGAGAAGUGGAUGUUGGAAUAUUGGACAAGUCCAGUCUGGUCUGCAGGUGCGUCCUCCUCCCCCUUGCUGGAGCCGAGCCCCACCCUGCACCUCACAUUCCUCUUCAAAGACACCAUCUUGUGUCGUCUCCGCACACUUGUUCACCAGACAGCACGGAAGGGAGACCUUUUUGUUUUGGAGAAUGGCAGCCAUGGGAGUUCAGAUCGUCUGCGUGGCCCUCGGGGUCCUGGGCCUGAUCGGCGCCAUCGUGUGCUGCGCCGUCCCGAGAUGGAAGGUGUCCUCCUUCACGGGCUCCAACAUCGUCACUGCGCAGAGCCAUCAGGAGGGUUUGUGGAAGACGUGCGCGGUGCAGAGCACGGGCCAGCAGCAGUGCAAGAACUACGACUCCCUGCUGGUGCUGCCCUCUGACCUGCAGGCCGCCCGCGCCAUGACCAUCAUCAGCUGCAUGCUGGCCGGCCUCAGCCUGCUCAUCCUGUUCUGCGGCGCCGACUUCACCACCUGCGUGGAGAACGAGGACGCCAAGCCCAAGAUCAGCCUGGUGGCCGGCGUGGGCCUGCUGCUGGCCGGCCUGGUGCUCAUCAUCCCCGUCAGCUGGUCGGCGCACACGGUGGUGAGGGACUUCAACAACCCCCUGGUGGCCACCUCCCAGAAGCGGGAGCUGGGGGCGUGCAUCUUCGUGGGCUGGGCGGGCGGCGUGCUGCUGCUGCUGGCCGGGGGGCUCCUCUGCUGCUUCAGCAGGCCCAAGUCCGGCGGCUCCGGAGGAACGGCCAAGUACUACAGCAGCAGCGCCUCCGCCCCCAACAAGAACUACGUGUGAGGAGGACUGGAGGGUGGACCCGUUGAGUCCGUUCCAUCUUUAGACAUGAAUGUAAAUACUCUACUUUACACACUUUGCUUUAGGACGGGGGUGUCCAAACUUGCUCCCAGUGAGGGCCGCAUACAGAACAAUUAAGAAAGACAGGGGAGGGGCAACUGCGAGUGAAAUAUCUAAUACUAAUAUAUAUAUAUAUAUAUAUAUAUACUGGUAUAUAUAUAUAUAUAUAAUAUAUCUCAUUAAUCAGUUUCUUUUGGCAAUCUGCCCAGCACCAUUAAAAAAUGAGCUACGGGCUGAAAGUGGCCCCCGGGCUGCACUUUGGACACCCCUGGUUUAGAGGGUUAACACAUUUCUCUUCGUCUUUUGGUGCUGGGAUUAUUAAAAGUGUGAAUGAAACUUCUGGAUGCUUUUAUUUUGAUGGAUGCCCACCGCUGGCAAGUAAACACUUCAAACUGCUACACGCGCACACACACGCGCACACACACACACACACACACGUACCUCAGGAAGCGUCUUGAGUUUCUUUGACGUUUCAUUCUCUUCUUUUGUAUAACGAGUGAUUAAAAUUUGGUGUAACCAA